GUGACAACAGAGGUUGAGAAACUUCUUGGAGAAGAAAAGGUGGAUGCAAUCUUGUGUGUCGCAGGAGGAUGGGCUGGAGGCAGCGCCAAAGCUAAAUCUUUGUACAAAAACUGUGAUCUGAUGUGGAAGCAGAGUGUUUGGACAUCAACUAUUUCCAGCCACCUAGCCACAAAACAUCUGAAAGAAGGCGGCCUCUUGACUUUGACAGGAGCUCAAGCUGCUUUAUCUGGAACCCCAGGGAUGAUUGGCUAUGGCAUGGCCAAAGGAGCGGUGCAUCAGCUUUGUCAGAGUUUGGCCGGGGCCAGCAGCGGCUUGCCGUCUGGCUCUGCUGCUGUUGCCAUCUUACCGGUUACCUUAGAUACACCAGCAAACAGGAAAUCAAUGCCUGAUGCAGAUUUCAGCUCCUGGACACCCUUAGAAUUCGUUGCUGAAACCUUUUACGACUGGGUAACAGGAAAGAAUCGACCCAACUCAGGGAGUCUGAUCCAGGUGAUAACUACAGGAGGGAAGACUGAACUAGUUGCAGCAGCACAUCUCUGAUGUCAGUCACUUAAGGUGGUGGAACUUCAGCGAAGGAGAAGCUACGGGAAAACUGCCUGCCAGUAUUAUUUGGGUGGUCUGCUGUAUCCACUGAUUGUAGUUACAUCAUUAAUGGAACCAGAUUCCAAGUAAUAACUUCUGUGCUGUCAGUUGUGAGCUAUCAGCAUUUGUUUAUCAACGUGUAUCUAGUAUUUGUCUCUAAAUGAAAGUCGCAGGCUUUAAUUCUGAGCAUUAUAUGUUGACUUACCCGUUUUCU